UAAACCUUUGCUGCUGUCUAACAAGCGUGAAGAUGUCUCGAAGUCCUAAUGCAAAAGAAGACCCUGUGGAAUGCCCUCUUUGCAUGGAGCCCUUGGAGAUAGACGAUAUUAACUUUUUCCCUUGCACCUGUGGCUACCAGAUAUGCCAAUUUUGUUGGCAUCGCAUUCGCACUGCCGAGAAUGGGCUUUGUCCUGCCUGUAGAAAGCCAUAUUCAGAAGACCCAGCAGUUUAUAAACCACUUUCCCAGGAAGAAUUGCAAAGGAUAAAGAAUGACAAAAAACAGAAACAAAAUGAGAGAAAACAGAAAAUUUCAGAAAAUCGAAAACAUUUGGCUACUGUACGUGUGGUACAAAAAAACCUCGUCUUUGUUGUAGGUCUGUCACAGCGCCUAGCAGACCCAGAAGUUUUAAAACGACCAGAGUAUUUUGGGAAGUAUGGUAAAAUACAUAAAGUUGUCAUCAAUAACAGCACAUCAUGUGCAGGCUCACAGGGUCCAAGAGCCAGUGCUUAUGUAACCUACAUCCGGUCAGAAGAUGCUCUCAGAGCAAUGCAGUAUGUUAACAAUGUGGUGGUAGAUGGCAAAACACUUAAGGCGUCUUUAGGUACGACAAAAUACUGCAGUUACUUCUUAAAGAAUAUGCAGUGCACAAAGCCUGACUGCAUGUACCUGCAUGGAUUGGGAGAUGAGGCAGCCAGCUUCACAAAAGAGGAAAUACAGGCGGGUAAACACCAAGAGUAUGAAUGGAAGCUACUCCAAGAAUUAUAUAAAUUAAAUCCCAAUUUUCUUCAGCUACCUACGGGUUCAGUUGAUAAGAAUAAGAACAAAGUGACACCAUGGCAGAGGUGUGAUACGUAA